AUGCUACACAAUCAUCAUCUAAAAAUUGGACGUGGUACAUCUGAACAUUCGGCGACUAUUUACACAUAUCAUAAUAAAACAUUUGAUGAUAUGAAUGAUUUAUUUCUGUUUGCUUGUUCACAUGGUGAUUAUAUGCUUGUAUAUAAUCUUUUAAGAACAGGUGAAGCCAAAUCAGAUGUAUUAAAUAAAAUGGGUAAAAGUGCACUUCAAUUAGCUAUUGAAAAUGAACAUUUUGAAGUUGUUAAAGUUUUAUUGAAUACGACACCUUAUGAGAAAUUUCGUGAUGCACUUCUUUUGGCUAUUUAUUUGGGUAAUACAAAUAUAGCUGAUCUUAUAUUAAAUCAUCAAACAUAUCGAACAUUUUCCGGUGGAUUUCUUGAUCCAACAGAUCCACAAGCUUAUGACGAUUCACAAUUUAGUUCUGAUAUAACUCCACUUAUUCUUGCUGCUCAAUAUAAUCGUUUACCAAUUGUUCAUCAGUUAUUAUCCAAAGGUGAACGUAUAAAAAAACCUCAUGCAAGUAUGUGUUCAUGUGUUGAUUGUGUUGAAAUUUCAGCAUCGGAUUCAUUUCGUCAAGCUCAAAUUCGUUUAUCUGCAUAUAAAGGUCUUUCAUCUGAAGUUUAUAUAGCAUUAGCAUAUCCAGAUCCAAUUUUACAAGCAUUUGAAUUAAGUUAUGAAUUACGAACACUUGCAAAAGUUGAACAUUAUUUUUGCAAAGAAUAUAAAAAAUUAGCUAAUCAAUUAUCAAUUUUUGUUGCACGAUUACUUGAUAAUGUACGAGGAUAUGAAGAACUUGAAAUUGUUUUAAAUAAAACUGGUUUACCACAUGAAGAAAAAUAUGAAAAUUUAGCUCGAUUUGGUUUAGCUAUACAAUAUAGAGAAAAACCAUUUGUAUCACAUUCAAAUUGUCAACAGAAAUUAAUUGAAAAAUGGUAUGAAAAUAUAUCUAUUAUUAAAAACAUUCAUAUUAUUAAACGAAUAAUUUUUUAUCUUGGCUAUAUUAUUUGUUUUCCAUUCAUUGCAUUAACAUAUCAAAUAUCACCUAAAUCAAAAAUUGGUUUAUUGUGUCAACAACCAAAUCUGAAAUUCAAAGCUUAUAUUGCAUCAUAUUUUAUUUUUAUUAGUUUAAUUAUAGCAUCGAGUUAUUUUUCAGCUAUCCAUUUAGACAAAACGAAAUUUCUAUCUAAUUAUAAUUCAACUAUUUAUAUAAAUUAUAUUCAAUUAAUUUAUCGAAAUACUCAAUUAAGAUAUGAUAUAAUUGGUCAAAAUGAAAAUAAUAAUAAUAAUUGUAAUAAUACAAUAGAUUCAAUUCUCAAUUGUGACAUUAGUCUUCGUUUUAUGGAACCAAAUCUAUUUCAAACAGCUCUUUUGAUAUGGGUUAUUGGUUUGGCUAAGAAUGAAUUUAAACAAAUAUUUAGUUUAGGUGUUCGUAUCUAUUUAAAAGUACCUAGUAAUUAUGUUGAUUGUUCAAUGAAUAUUCUUUUUAUAUUUUAUUUUAUUUUUCUUUUUUUAUCAAUGAUUUAUACUCGUUUAGCAAUGAAUACAUUACAUUCAUCAGAUUAUUGGAUUAAUAUAGCUCGAUAUGAAAAAAUGUCCAAUAUUGAAAAACAAUAUUAUAUAUCUAAAACUCAUCAUAUUCUUUAUUGGCUUAAUGCUGAUCGAUUUUAUUGGAAAAGUGAAGAUUUACAAAAUUUAGCUGAAGCUUUUUUUGCUAUGGGAAAUGUUGUUAGUAUUUGUCGAAUUUGUUUUCUAUUACCAAUCAGUGCAUUUGUUGGACCACUACAAGUAAUGCUUGAUCGUAUGAUAAUUGAUAUUGUAAAAUGGAUUAGUAUAAUUAUAAUAUUUUUUAUAGCAUUUAAUUGUUCACUAUAUUUUAUAUUUUCUUUUUUUUCUAUUGUUUUGAAACAACAAAAUACUUUAAUAAAAUCUUCAUCUAGCAGCAACUCAUCAAUAUCAAUAAUAGAUCAAAAUUCAACAAUAGCAAAUUACGUACAAUGUCCAGAUUAUUUUUAUGAACUUUUAAAUCAAACUAUUCCAUUGUUAAACAAUAUAGAAGACAAUAAUAAUAAUAAUAAUAACAUAGACACAAAUAAUUUUUGUCAACAAUCUUCCAACUAUGAUACACUUACACAGAUUGGACCUUAUCCAGCUAUUUAUUAUUUUGGUGAAUCAUUUAAUUCAACCAUAUUAACAACAUUUUUUACAUUAUUUGGUGUUAUUGGAGAAAAUGGUAUACCAGAUCGUGGAUAUGAAAUGAUUACACUUUCAUGUUAUAAACCUGAUUCGAAUACUUAUAUAUCUGGUUUUGAUAAUUUUUUAUCAAAUCUUGGUUUUAUUAUCUAUGGACUUUUUACAUUUGUAUGUGUUACUGUUCUUAUUAAUACAUUAAUUGCUAUGUUGGAAGAAACAAUUAAACACAUUGAUGAUCGUGCUGAUAUUGAAUGGAAAUUUGCUCGUUCAAAACUUUAUAUGGAAUAUAUACAAGACGAAAAUAUUUUACCUAUUCCAUUGAAUAUUUUUCCAUCUCCAAGAGCCAUUAUUAAUCUUCUAAAUCGAAUAAAACAAAUGAUUACUUCGAAGAAUGUUUCAAGAAAUGAUAAUAAUAAUAAUAAUAUUAGAAAUAAUGAUAUAGAAUUAAAUGAUUUUAGAAAUGAAAAAAUCUUUAAACGUAAACGUAGUUAUAUAUCAAAUGAAAAUUUAACAUAUAAAAUAGUUAUUGAACGUAUUGUUAAACGUUUUUUACUUUAUUAUAAAAAUAAUCAUGUUGAUGUCGAACAAUUUAAAGAGGGUUUUGAAUAUAGAGAAAUUAAAAAUGAUAUAUCAUCAUUUACUUUUGAAUUAUUUUAUAAAAUAGAUACAUUAGAUGAUACCUAUACUGGACUUGUACAAUCAAUGAAUAAAUUCAAUAAGAAUUUAAAAGAAUAUUUUGAUUUUGAACAAAUUAAACAUCAAUUACAUAGACAAAAAAAUUCAUAG